GUUCGUCAAAUCAAACGGACCCCAAACGAAAUAGACACCGAAAUCAUCAGUCCGAUGUAGCGAAAGCAAUUAUAAUAUACAAACAUGAAACCAUUCCGUUCCGUGCCGUGCUAAUGCAAAACGUAUACGAUCCGAAACCGAUAAAAAUACAAAUACAUAAACCCAAGUGAAAUAUCAAUUUUACAGCCCACUGGAAAUCAAAUAUUGCAAUUGCGUUGCCGAAUUCUGUAAUAAUUGAACAUCAAAGGAACUAUUUUUGGAGACCUUUGCCGGGAAGCCUUUAAGCCAUCUAUAAACAGGAACAACGGUAUUUAUUCGUCAAAUUUACAUCUGAUCCAGCUUGACUUUUGUCUAAUUUAUUGAGUGCAGCCGCCAAAUAAGCUGGGCGGAAUUGUAUGAAGCAGGAAAUCAACCAGAAAGCAGCUAAACCAACGGAAUGGAAAAAAUGUUAGACCACGCCGUUUGCCGAGCGUUGACGAUUUGACGCUGAGCUGCGACUCGCUUUUCCGGCUCUCGAGGCGCCUCCACGCGCAGUGAGGUGCGACCGCAGAGAAGGUCAGCCAGCAAAGACCCCGAGUGGUUCCAAGUCACACAAUCGAACUAAGCUAAGACGCACAAGAUGAGACACAAUCGACUGAAGGUCCUGAUCCUGGGACUCGUCCUGCUCUCCGCAUCCUGCCGAGCGGACGGACCGCAGCACAGUGCGGACCACGGCAUGGGCAUGGGAAUGGGAGGACACGGCCUGGACGCGAGUCCUGCGCCCGGCUACGGAGUGCCGGCCAUUCCCAAGGACCCCAAUCUGAGGUGCGAGGAGAUCACCAUACCCAUGUGCCGGGGCAUCGGCUACAACAUGACCUCCUUCCCCAACGAAAUGAACCACGAGACGCAGGACGAGGCGGGCCUGGAGGUGCACCAGUUCUGGCCCCUGGUGGAGAUCAAGUGCUCGCCGGACCUGAAGUUCUUCCUGUGCAGCAUGUACACGCCCAUCUGCCUGGAGGACUACCACAAGCCGCUGCCCGUUUGUCGCAGUGUAUGCGAGCGAGCCCGCUCGGGCUGUGCGCCCAUCAUGCAGCAGUACAGCUUCGAGUGGCCGGAGAGGAUGGCCUGCGAGCACCUGCCCGUCCACGGCGAUCCCGACAACCUGUGCAUGGAGCAACCAUCCUACACGGAGGCCGGUGGCGGCAGCUCGGGAGGAUCAGGAGGUGGUGGCUCCGGUGGCUCCAGUUCCGGCGGCGGCGGCGGCAAGCGGAAGCAGGGAGGCAGUGGCUCCGGCGGCAGCUCAGCCGGCGGUGGCUCGACCUCAACGAAGCCUUGCCGCGGACGCAAUUCAAAAAACUGCCAAAAUCCCCAAGGAGAAAAGGCAAGCGGAAAAGAGUGCAGCUGCUCGUGCCGCUCCCCACUCAUCUUCCUGGGGAAGGAGCAGCUGCUGCAGCAGCAGCAGCAGUCGCAGAUGCCCAUGAUGCACCAUCCGCACCACUGGUACAUGAACCUCACUGUCCAAAGGAUCGCCGGCGUGCCAAACUGCGGCAUUCCCUGCAAGGGUCCCUUCUUCAGCAACGACGAAAAGGACUUCGCCGGCCUCUGGAUCGCUCUGUGGUCGGGUCUGUGCUUCUGCAGCACGCUCAUGACCCUAACGACAUUCAUCAUCGACACCGAAAGGUUUAAGUACCCCGAGCGGCCCAUUGUCUUUCUCUCGGCCUGCUACUUCAUGGUGGCCGUGGGCUAUUUGUCCCGCAACUUCCUCCAGAACGAGGAGAUCGCCUGCGAUGGCCUGCUGCUCCGCGAGAGCUCCACGGGCCCCCAUUCCUGCACCCUGGUCUUCCUGCUCACCUACUUCUUCGGCAUGGCCUCGUCCAUCUGGUGGGUGAUCCUCAGCUUCACCUGGUUCCUGGCCGCCGGCCUGAAGUGGGGCAACGAGGCGAUCACCAAGCACUCGCAGUACUUCCACCUGGCCGCCUGGCUCAUACCCACCGUCCAGUCGGUGGCCGUGCUCCUGCUCUCGGCGGUGGAUGGGGAUCCCAUUCUGGGCAUCUGCUACGUGGGCAACCUCAACCCCGAUCACCUCAAGACCUUCGUGCUGGCCCCGCUCUUCGUCUACCUGGUUAUUGGAACCACCUUCCUGAUGGCCGGCUUCGUGUCCCUCUUCCGCAUCCGUUCGGUGAUCAAGCAGCAGGGCGGCGUGGGUGCCGGGGUCAAGGCGGACAAGCUGGAGAAGCUGAUGAUCCGCAUCGGCAUCUUCUCGGUGCUCUACACGGUGCCGGCCACCAUCGUGAUUGGCUGCUAUCUGUACGAGGCGGCCUACUUCGAGGACUGGAUCAAGGCUCUGGCCUGUCCGUGUGCCCAGGUGAAGGGUCCCGGCAAGAAGCCGCUCUACUCGGUGCUCAUGCUCAAGUACUUCAUGGCCCUGGCCGUGGGCAUCACCUCGGGCGUUUGGAUUUGGUCCGGCAAGACGCUGGAGAGCUGGCGACGCUUCUGGCGGCGACUCUUUGGAGCGCCCGAUCGCACAGGCGCCAACCAGGCGCUGAUCAAGCAGCGACCUCCGAUCCCACAUCCUUAUGCCGGUUCCGGGAUGGGCAUGCCCGUGGGCUCGGCGGCGGGCUCCCUGCUGGCCACGCCCUACACGCAGGCGGGCGGAGCCUCGGUGGCCUCCACCAGCCACCACCACCUGCACCACCACGUUCUCAAGCAGCCGGCGGCCAGCCACGUAUGACAUGGAGAGUCGGGGGGAGCAUCGACC